AUGGGGGGAGGUGGAACAGCUGUCCAACCUUCCAACCUGGGGAAGGUGAUGUCUCGUGGUCCCAGACGCCAGCCUGGUCAGCCGGAGCGGUGGACGGGACAGGCUGGCUCCAGCCUACAGCACGGAAUUAUACAGGUCAGUAAAGUCAGGGAUUUGGUGUUCGUAUGGAGUCGACUCCAUCUGCGAGUCAAGCCUUCCAAACAGGCCUUCCUGGAAGAGWSUCAUCGGUUGAUGCUGUCCGCCACCAACAUCAGAUCAAUAUUCUCUUUCAUUAGAGUGAUCCUUGCAGAGCUGGGAAAGGAUGGUCUCCAGUUCUGUGUGGAGCUCUGCACCCACUCCCUCCAGACGAACCMCUGCGACGCCGCCACCAAGUCCCUCAUCUACAAGACGGUAGCCUACCUCCUCCCCAACGACCUGGAGGUCUGCCGGGCCUGCGCCCUCCUCGUCUUCUUCCUGGAGCGCACCGUGGAGGCCUACAAAACGGUGUUCCUCCUCUACACGCACCCCGACCAGGAGUACCACGCCGAAGCCGGUCCCAUCGGGAACCACAUCCGCUUUGAGAUCCUCCAGACCCUGAAGAGAGGUCUCUACUUCGAUCCAGAGUUCUGGAACCUUUUGAAUCUCCGGACCAACUGCCUGAAGCUGAUGAGCGAGAAGAAGGCGGMGUUGGCAAGUAUGAUGAUGGAGGAUGAUGGGUGGGUGUCCAACUACUGCAGCACCGUCACCAAAGAGCCCUGUYGCAGCUGGAGCGCUGACCUGUCAGAGCGUGUGCAGCCUGAACAUGUAGAGACUAAACCAGUWCAGACUAAACCAGCACAGAAACACGUUCAGAUUAAACCCUUUCACCAGGUAACGGCGCCCAAAAGGCGGUUCCAAAAAGAAGAGAAGAAUCACGUUUCCACGGCGCCGGUGGCAGCCAAACGUGUCAAAGCUCAAAGGUUGGAAAAGACCUCUGUUGUCGAGCCGCAGCAGCAGCCUGUUAAUCAUGUGACGGCGAAAGCUAAGAUAGAGAAGCUGGCUGAACCCCCUGUUGUCGAGGAACAACCUGUAAUAAAAAGAAGAGGGAGGAAGCCCGGGCCGAAGCCGGGACCGCGGUCAUCUGUCAAAACAACAGAGKCGUCAGCCGAGACCUCCUCUGUCAGACGGUCCUUCAGACAACUGGACAUGGCGCAGGAGAACCUGGCCAGUCAAGUCGGUCACAGACCACAUAGGCACAUGACCAGACUCUCGGAGAAGAAACGUCCCAAACGGAGGGGUAGGAAACCCCGUUGGCUACUGGANCUACGUCUCCAAUUCGGGGCCCGCGCUGCGUCUCCAAUUCGGGGCCCGCGCUACGUCUCCAAUUCGGGGCCCGCGCUACGUCUCCAAUUCGGAGCCCGCGCUGCGUCUCCAAUUCGGGGCCCGCGCUGCGUCACCAAUUCGGAGCCCGCGCUGCGUCUCCAAUUCGGGGCCCGCGCUACGUCUCCAAUUCGGGGCCCGCGCUGCGUCUCCAAUUCGGGGCCCGAGCUGCGUCUCUGCUGCGAGAGGGCACCAGAACAUUCAAACCUGCGCUCCAGUGGGGCCAGCCAUCAUCAGAGAGAGGGAACCGUGGACCAACCCUAUAACUACACGGCCAUCCUGAAGGACGUCACAAACAGCCCCGGGAUGAGCGUGAGAGACUGGGAGGAUGGAGAGUGA